AUGUUGAAAAUAAAUAACUUAAUAUAUUUAUCUUUGGUAGUACUUCCAUUGCUUGCUUAUGGGCAGAAUUCUGAGAGUAAUUAAAAUGAGAAGAUAUUCGAAAUUUAACUCCACCAUGAUAGUAUUGAAAAUUUAUUUUAUGUUCAUACUAGUAUGGGUAAGGAGGUAUAAGAAUCAAAUUUUAAGUUCUUAGUUGAUACUGGCUCAAAAAAAACCUGGGUUUAAAAUGAAAAAUGUAAAAAAUGCGUUGAAAGAAAUAAUAAAAAAAUAACCAGAAAAUGUGAGGAAGACAUUUGCAAAAAUAAAGAUAUACUUGAUGAAAUUAAAUAUGGAACUGGUUAAGUCACUUAUUAUGACACCUAUGAUUAUUUAGUACUUGAUGAUUUAUAAAAUACUGGGACUCUUACUCUUAAAGUAGAUAUGGGUCAUGUUGUAGAUAUUAGUGAUGAUUUGUUAGAAAUGACAUAUAAUGGAUUAAUAGGAUUAGAAUAUGAAUAAUAUGAAAAUUAUAUAAAUCCCUUUGUUUAUCAAUUUAAGUAAUAAAAUAAAAUUGACAAUGAUUAAGUUUUCUCAAUAAAUUUUCGUAAACAUGAUGCUUCUUUAAUUCUUGGAGGAAUUAAAUAAAGUCUAAUUCCAUAAAAUAAAACUGAUAUUCAAUAUAUAUCAAUAGAUACAGACUUAAAAAAAUGGUAAAUUUAACUUUAAGAUUUUAAAGUAGGAAAUUAUUCGAUUCUAAAUGAAAAUCAAAGAUUAAAUUCAAAAAUUCCAGCAAUUCUUGAAGAAAUAGAAUAAAAGAAUAUUAUUGAGAAAGAAGAUUAGUUUAAGGCAAAUAUUGACUCUGGUACUAACUAUAUAGUUCUUGAUCAGAAUUUAAAUGAGAAAGUUAGGGAUGUCUUAAUAAACAAUUAUAAUUUUUAGUGCAAGCUUGAAUGUGGAAUUUAAUCGAAAUUUUGCCAACUAAAAUGUAAAAAUCCAGAUGGAAGAGUAGAUAAUUUCCCACCUUUGAGCUUUACAUUUAUUGACCAGAAUAAUUAAGAGUUAGUUAUUUCUAUACCUCCUAAAUAAUAUGUUGAAGAGAAAAUAGUUAAGAAUCACCAAAAUUUAAUGUUAAUUAAUUUUUUAACUUAAAAUAAUACUAAAGAAGGCGAUAAAAAUAAUAUUCCUAAUGAACUCAUUUUAGGGUACCCAUUCCUUUAAAACUAAUACGUUAUAUUUGAUAUAAAUCACAACUAAAUCGGGUUUGUUUAAUUAGACCCUUUAGAUUAUCAAAUAUGCUAAACCAAAGUAAUUUUAUAUAUCUUAAUUGGCUUCAUGAUUAUGUCUAUUGGAUAUUCAGCAGCCAAAAGUAUCAUCAAAAAGAUAUUUUGA